AUGGCUCAGCCUGUGACCCUUCCUCAGCUUCCUUAUGCUUAUGAUGCCCUGGAACCCGUGAUCUCUAAGCAGAUCAUGGAACUGCAUCACUCGGGACAUCACCAAGCCUACGUCAACAACCUGAACUCUCUUCUCGCCGCCAACGCCGAGGCGACCGCGCGCAAUGACUUCCAGGCUGUGUUCGCUCUGCAGCAAAAAAUUAACUUCCACGGGGGUGGUCACGUCAAUCACUCCCUCUUCUGGGAGAACCUCACCCCGCCUGGCAAUGAAAAGAACGACAUGGACCGUGUGGCCCCCCUCUUAAAGGACGCUAUCGUCGCUCAAUUCGGAUCCGUGGAUGCCUUCAAGCGCACCUUCUCCAAGAAAUUGCUCGACAUCCAGGGUAGCGGUUGGGGAUGGCUUGCCUGCUCGGGUGGCCCUGAGGGCCCCUUGACGAUCCUCACGACUCAGGACCAGGACACUGUCGGCCCUGAAUUUGUCCCUAUUUUCGGCAUUGAUAUGUGGGAGCAUGCGUAUUACAUUCAAGUGUGUAUUGAAGCUAUCGAGGGCCUCGAAAUGCUGCUAACAGAUUACCCCCAGUACCUGAACAAGAAAGCCAUCUACGUCGAGAAAAUCUGGCUUGUCAUCAAUUGGGCCGAAGCCGAGAAGCGAUUCACCGGCGGCAUUGGCCACGUCAAGCUCUGA